GACAACCGUGCUUCGAAAGUGUUAGCAGUUCUCUGUCGCCUGCGUGUACGCACCAUAUCCAGUUGCAAAAAUGAAGUUCUUGGCUAUCGCUGUUUUCCUGCUCGUUGCCUCGGUUUACGCCGAGGAACAGUCAAUGGAAUCGAUGAAAUCCAAGCGGGGUGUUCAUCUCAGCCUCGGAUAUCAUCAUGCACCGGCGGUUUCGUACGUAGCUCCUGCGCCAGUGAUUGCUCAUUCGGCACCGUUGGUGGCGGCCUACCACGCCCCGAUCGCUAAGACCUACGUGGCCCAUACUCCGGUGGUGCACCACACUCAUCUUGCCGCUUACCAUGCCCCGCUGGCCGUUGCGCACGCGCCACUCUACCAUCAUGGUGCCGUUUACUCGACUCUGCAUCGUCGCUAAGUAAAGGAACGGAUCCGUGCGGGAACGGUCAUCUCUAGCAAUAUGCGUGUGUGUUUUCUCUAGUUGAAUAAUAAAA